CCCCCUGCUUCUGUCCGCAGGCGAGCUGCUCCGGCGUCAUGCAGGCGGCGUAGCGGUCAUUGCCCGAGGCUGGGCGCCUUUCGAUAUUCUAGUAUUUCUCAGGCUUCCUUCUUUUGGGCCCUGCUGCUGCGGGCACAGAGAACAGUAGGAUUCCCCUCACCUAGCCAUCGCCAGCCAUGUCCGCAAGGGAAGCUGCAGCCACCGCGAUGACAGAGGCCGAAGAACCCGGAGGCAGAAAGAACUCCAGCAGUCCCCGCCCAAUCCCGGUGGUUGGGGUGGUGACAGAGGACGAGGAGGCUAAGGGUAUGUUCAAGCCUAUGGACCUUAUUCGUAUCAUCAAACUCCUUGAAGAAACUGAUAAAGAUGAUUUAGAAGAAAAACAACUUAAAUCUGUCAAGAAAUUGGUACAGUAUUAUCAGAAUGGACUUCCUUUAAGGGAUUUAGCACAGAUAUUUAAAGUUCUGAGUCUAUGUGCAGAAAAAAUUGAAAAUCAGCCUCAUUUUAUAGACUCUACAUAUGAUAUCCUAAAAUUGUGUGGCUUGCCAUUUUUGAAAAAGAAAGCAUCGGAUGAGAUAACUUAUGCUGAAGACACUGCUAAUUCAAUUGCGCUUCUAGGUGACUUAAUGAAAAUUCCAAGUUCUGAAUUGAGGAUACAAAUCUGUAAGUGUAUUGUUGACUUUUAUCAUGCAGAACCUCCUAAGAAGCAUAUUCCAGGUUAUCAGCAAGUUAGUUCAUCAUUCAAGAUUCAAAUGGCUGAAGUUGGAGGACUGGCAAAAACAAUGGUCCAAUCAAUGACUUUGCUUGAAUAUCAACUUGUUGAGAAACUUUGGGUACUUAAAGUUCUGCAACAUCUCUCAACUUCUGAAGUUAAUUGCACUUUAAUGAUGAAAGUACAAGCAGCCAAUGGAAUCUGUGCUCACCUCAAUGACCCAGAUCCCUCUGGACAGCUUCUAUUUCGUUCCUCAGAAAUACUGUGGAAUUUGUUGGAAAAAUCUUCGAAAGAAGAAAUCAUACAGCAGCUUAGUAACUUGGAAUGUUUGCUGACUCUGAAGGAAGUAUUUAAAAAUCUGUUUAUGAGAGGUUUCAGUCAUUAUGAUCGUCAGCUUAGAAAUGAUAUUUUAGUGAUCACUACAAUUAUAGCUCAAAACCCUGGCGCACCAAUGAUUGAAUGUGGCUUUACCAAGGAUUUGAUACUAUUUGCAACCUUUAGUGAAGUUAAAAGUCAAGAUCCUCUGGUAAAAGGUCUUAAGCUUUCUAAUUCCUAUGAAGAUUUUGAGUUGAAGAAAUUGCUAUUCAAUAUCAUUGUGAUCUUAUGUAAAGACUUACCUACUAUACAGCUGUUAAUUGAAGGCAAAGUUAUUUUGGCUUUGUUUACUUAUGUUAAAAAGCCUGAGAAACACAAAAUAAUUGAGUGGUCUGCAGCUCAGCAUGAAGAAUUACAGCUGCAUGCAAUGGCCACUUUGUCAUCAGUGGCUCCUUUAUUAAUAGAAGAAUAUAUGUCAUGCCAGGGAAAUGCUCGAGUCCUUGCAUUUCUGGAAUGGUGUGAAAAUGAAGAUCCUUUCUUUAGUCACGGUAACAGUUUUCAUGGGACAGGUGGCCGUGGCAACAAGUUUGCCCAGAUGCGUUAUAGCUUAAGACUACUGAGAGCCAUGGUCCACCUUGAAGAAGAGACUAUAAACGUGGAUCUGUGUGAAAAGGGAACAAUUCAGCAACUGAUAAGAAUCUUUAAAACUAUAAUAAGCAAGCCUAAUGAAAAGGAAGAGGCCAUUGUUUUGGAAAUCCAGUCUGACAUACUACUUAUCUUAUCUGGUCUUUGUGAAAAUCAUCUUCAAAGAAAGGAAAUUUUUGGAACUGAAGGAGUAGAUUUAAUUCUUCAUGUAAUGAAAACAGACCCUAAGAAGUUCCAGAGUGGCUUAGGUUAUAAUGUACUUCUUUUUAGUACAUUGGACAGCAUUUGGUGCUGCAUUUUGGGAUGUUAUUCCUCAGAGGAUUACUUUCUUGAAAAGGAAGGCAUAUUUCUCCUUUUGGAUUUAUUGGCAUUGAACCAAAAAAGAUUCUGUAAUCUAAUACUUGGAAUAAUGGUUGAAUUUUGUGAUAAUCCCAAAACUGCGGCUCAUGUCAAUGUGUGGCGAGGGAAGAAGGAUCAGACAGCUGCUAGUCUUUUAAUUAAAUUGUGGAGAAAAGAAGAAAAAGAACUAGGAGUGAAGCGUGACAAAAAUGGGAAGAUCAUUGAUACAAAGAAACCUCUAUUUACUAGUUUUCAAGAAGACCAAAAAUUCAUGCCACUGCCUGCUAACUGCCCAUCUAUUGCAGUAAUGGAUGUUGCUGAGAAUAUCAGGGCAAAAAUUUAUGCUGUGUUGGGCAAACUAGAUUUUGAAAAUUUACCUGGCCUCUCUGCUGAAGAUUUUGUCACCCUCUGUAUCAUACAUAGAUACCUUGAUUUUAAAAUUGGGGAAAUAUGGAAUGAAAUAUUUGAAGAAAUAAAAUUGGAAAAAUUAAGACCAGUCAGUACAGAUAAAAAAGUUUUGGAAACUAUUACAACAGCAUCAGAAAAUAUUGGAAAGAUGGUUGCUUCUCUGCAAAGUGAAAUGAUUGAAAGCCAAGUACGUCAAGACGUGCAAAAUGAACAAAAAGUAUAUGCAAAAAUACAGGCCACACAUAAGCAAAGAGAGUUGGCUAAUAAAUCAUGGGAAAAUUUCUUGGCUAGAACAUCAAAUGCUAAAACUUUAAAGAAAGCAAAAAGGCUUCAGGAAAAAGCUAUAGAAUCCUCUAGAUACAACGAGCGACCACAGAAUGCAACAUUUCACCAAACAGAUAUUAAAGGCCUAAACACGACGGUGCCCUCUGGUCGGGUAGUAACAGUUGAAAGCACUCCUGCUCGAUUCAUGGGAGGACCUCUGGCUGAUACAGACAUUGCUCUUAAAAAACUUCCUAUUAGAGGAGGAGCCUUACAGAGGGUAAAAGCAGUUAAAACUCUGAAUGAGCCAAAGAAGAGUAUCCCUACAUAAUAUACUCUAAAGACUUUUUGAAAUAAAUUCUGCUUAUA